CAUAAAAAUCAAGGCAAGAUGAUCUGGAUGCGAUGGCAUAUCUUCUUGGUCAUCCUCUCUGGAGCUGUGAGGUCACAGGUGAAUCCAGGGGUAUGCAGAUAUCCUCUGGGGAUGACUGGCGGCAAGAUUCAGGAUGAGGAUAUUUCUGCCUCCAGUCAGUGGUCGGAGUCAACCGCAGCUAGAUAUGGCAGGCUUGACUUUGAUGAUGGAGAUGGUGCCUGGUGCCCAGACGUGGUGGCAGAAGCGAAAAGCCUGAAAGAGUUCCUGCAGAUUGAUCUUCGCACGCUGCACUUUGUCACGCUGGUGGGCACCCAGGGGCGCCACGCCGAUGGCAUGGGAAAUGAGUUCGCCCAGAGCUACAGGAUAAAGUAUAGCCGGGACGGCGUCCGCUGGGUAUCCUGGCACGACCGAAACGGUGGUCAGGUCAUCGAUGGAAACAAGAACCCUUAUGAAGUUGUGCUGAAGGACCUGGAGCCGCCCAUCAUCGCACGUUUCGUGCGCUUCAUGCCUGUGUCUGACCCCUCCAUGACCGUGUGUAUGAGGGUGGAGCUUUAUGGAUGUGAAUGGCUAGAUGGUCUGGUGUCCUAUAGCGCCCCUGUAGGCCAAGAGAUGACUUUUCAAAACCUGCAUGUUUACCUGAAUGACACUGUCUACGAUGGUACCGUGGAUCACAGUAUGACAGAAGGUCUUGGUCAGCUGACUGACGGAAGCUGGGGUUUGGAUAAUUUCACUCAAAGCCAAGUGUAUGGCGUCUGGCCCGGAUACGACUACGUAGGCUGGACCAACGCCAGUUUCCCCAGUGGAUCUGUGGAGAUGGUGUUCGAGUUUGACCGCGUCCGGAACUUCACAUCCAUGAAGGUCCACUGCAAUAACAUGUACACUUCAGGGGUGAGAGCAUUCCAGCAGGCUGUUUGCUACUUCCGCUCGGAAUCGGACUGGGAAGCCAGGCCUGUUUCUUUCAAACCUGAAGCAGAUAAUACCAAUACAAGUGCACGUUUCGUCACAGUGGCCCUUGGGCAUCGCAUGGCCAGUGCCAUCAAGUGUCGAUUUGCAUUCAGCGAUGCCUGGAUGAUGUUCAGCGAGAUUGCUUUCCAGUCAGGGACAGCAGUGUACAACACCUCUCUAAUUCCUCGGAAACGAGGCCACCCAAGUGCACACCCCGGAGGUGACCCCACACACAAGAUUGAUGACAGUAACACACGCAUCCUCAUUGGCUGCUUGGUGGCCAUAAUUGCCAUCCUGCUGGCAAUCAUUGUCAUCAUCCUCUGGCGACAGGUCUGGCAGAAGAUGCUUGAGAAAACCUCACGCCGGAUGUUGGACGAUGAGCUGACGGCACGUCUCUCAGCCCAUAGGGAAGCCUUCGCCCAUCGCCACUCCUCCAUCUCCAGCGACGCUGAAUCCACCUCUACGUACGAGAGGGUCUUCCUGCUGGGGUCUGACUAUCAGGAGCCCACCCAGCCGUUACGAAAGGCACCAGAAUUUCAGGCUACAGAAAACCUUGCAGUGAUCGAUGCCUCCCCUGAUGAACCUCCAAACAACUCUACAGAAGAAGUCCCUCAUUACGCAGAGGCAGACAUAGUGAACCAGCAGGAGGCUGUGAGCAGCCCAGGAUAUUCAGUCACUGCAGUUCCUGUCCCGCUGCCGCCGGGUCGGGACGGAGCUCUGGAGGAGUUCCCCAGAGAGAAGCUGACAUUUAAAGAGAAGCUGGGAGAAGGCCAGUUCGGAGAGGUUCACCUAUGUGAGGCCAAUGGAAUGCAGGAUUUUAUGAAGGAGGAUGAGGAUGGUGUUGAAAAUGAACCCAUUUUGGUCGCUGUAAAGACCCUAAGAGAAGAUGCAACAAAAAACACAAGAAAUGACUUUUUAAAGGAGAUCAGGAUCAUGUCAAGGUUGAGGGACCCCAACAUCAUCCGCCUGCUGGCUGUGUGUGUGGAGAGCGACCCGCUGUGUAUGAUCACAGAGUACAUGGAGAACGGAGACCUCAACAAGUUCCUCUCUCGCCAUAAACUUCAGGAUUCUGGAAAAGAGCAGAAAGACACGUUGUCCACCAUAAGUUACAGCACACUGAUCCGCAUGGCCACUCAGAUCGCCUCUGGAAUGAAGUAUCUGUCGUCCCUCAACUUCGUUCACCGGGAUCUGGCCACCCGCAACUGUUUGGUCGGGACGAACUACACCAUCAAAAUCGCUGACUUCGGCAUGAGCAGGAACCUGUACCGCGGGGACUAUUACCGCAUCCAGGGCCGAGCUGUGCUGCCCAUCCGCUGGAUGUCCUGGGAGAGCAUUCUCCUGGGUAAGUUCACCAUGGCCAGUGAUGUGUGGGCCUUUGGGGUGACUCUAUGGGAGACCCUCACUCUGUGUAAGGAGCAGCCCUACUCACAGCUCUCCGAUGAUCAGGUGAUCGAGAACACUGGGGAGUUCUUUCGAGACCAGAACAAGCAGGUUUAUCUCCCACGGCCUGCCUGCUGCCCUGAUGCAGUUCACAGCCUCAUGCAGAGCUGCUGGAGGAGGAACGCCAAGGAGCGGCCCAGCUUCCAGCACAUCCACAGCACCCUGCUGCAGCACCAGGCUGACCUGGACAUGGACUGAUGGAACUGAACUGAUGGACCAAUGGCUCUUACAAGCACAAUCACAUACAGUAUUUUCAUCUCCUUAAGAUGUUAGCCCUGAAUUAUAGCCCAGAUGCAUGCUGGUGUCCAGCUUUGUGUAAUAAAUACUGAUUUUGUUUUUGUUUUUUUAUACAGUGAAUGUUAAUAAAAAUCUGAGCAUUUAACUAAGAAUUGUACAGAAUUAAGGGCCGGCUGUAAAAAUGUUUAUGUUUUUUUGUUUUUUCAUUUUAUUUGAAUAUAUUUUGAUUUGUCUGAUACUUAGGCUUUGCAUUUUAAAAAGCAUCGUCUGACAUCUGCUUAAAACAACAGCACAGACCAGCAGAAAGACAUAAUAUCCUGGUUUGUGCUGUUGACCACACUCUAAUAUUUGAUUGGACCGUCUUUAGCUUUGAUUGCUGCAUGCAUUCGCUGUGGCAUUGUUUCAAUAAGCUUCUGCAAUUCAUGUUGCAUUAAUUUAUUCAUUUUUCCCCAAGAUCUUGCAGCAGCAUUGAUGAUGGUAGAGUCUGACCACUGCACAAAGCAGCUCUUCUCCAUCCAGCACAUCCCAAAGAUUCUCAAUGAGGUUAAGAUCUGGACUCUGUGGUGAACUCUCUCUCAAUCCAUGUGUGAAAAUUAUGAUGAUCUCAUGCUCCCUGAACCCUGAACUCUUUCACAAUUCCAGCAUCAUGAAUCCUGACAUUCUAGUCAUCUUGGAAUAUACCCGUUUCUUCCAUCAGGGAAGAAAAAAUUGAUCCAUUAAUGGAAUAACCUGGUCUAUAUUCAUUAUAUUCAGGUAGUCAGCUGACCUGACUUUAUGUCUUGUGUUGGCUGCUCAUACUGAUCAUAGUUCGGAACACAAUACAUGCUGGUUAAGCUGGUGGAAUGGUGCUGGUAUGGUUCUGGUUGUCCAUCAUACCAGUAUUCAAUUUACAACAAAUAUAAAUUAAUGCUGGUUUGGUGUUGUUUUAUUCAAAAUGUUGGGUUGUUUUUGCUUGUGAUCACCUUUUUUUUUUUUAGCAAGGUUAUCUAACUUCUUUCAUAUUCUAUAAAUAUGACACUGAAUAUAGCUUCACUUCUAUUUGCAAACUAUUAAACUUUCUAUUGUUAUUUUACUCUGCUUGAACACAUCUGUAAUGCCUGACAUCAACAACUGGGAAUACUUACCGUAGACUAUUUAAGAUUAACAGGUCAACCUCUUACGUAAGUGUCACACUUCACACCAUGUCAGCAUUUAGUCAACACUGAGGAAAAUAACUUAAUGGCAAACGUGUUCAUUACAGUGUGAAGUAAUGUGGACAAAAAUGACUUUGUGUACAAAACAUGAUGGGUCAGGGAGUGUAAAGCAUUAUUUUGCAGAUGUGGCCAAAAACAGGAUUUAAGGGGCCCAAACAAGAGUUUAAGAGUUUACUUAUGGAAACUAUAAAUGCUAAUGCUGUAUAUAAAUGCAUUAAACUUGUUGUUUGUACCCUUGAUGACCUGAUGUCUUGCCCUGCACCUAAUGAUUGUAUGUAGGCCCCAGACCCACGUUUUGCCUGACAUGGAUAAGAAUAUGAAUGAAUAAAUGAAUGAAUGAAUGAAUGAAUGAA